AUGUCUAGAUCGGACCCGGCAAGCGCACCACCAGGGCCUCUACCCUAUGGAUCAUCACCCGCCAAUCGCUCCGAUAUAGCAACUGGCAAUUUGACAAAACGGACCGUGAACCAGGGCGAAUUCUCGGAAAAGGACGCAGUGAUAGAUAACCGCGAGGAGUCCAUCGAGGAGGGGUCGAAGCCGGUCUAUGACCAUACACACCGGAGACUCAAACCUAGGCAUGUUCAACUUAUUGGCAUCGGUGGUACAAUCGGUACUGCAUUGUGCACCGUUAUAUUAUGUAUAACUGUUUGUCUGGCCGAGAUGGUCACAUACUUGCCGAUUUCGUCCCCUUUUAUCCGUUUUGCUGGGCGCUACGUUGAUGAUGCCUUUGGAGUCGCUGCUGGUUACAAUUUCUUCGUCUUUGAAGCCGCCAUGGUGCCUAUGGAAGUUACGGCAUGCAGCUUGCUUAUACAUUAUUGGACAAACGCAAUUCCUCUUGCAGCGAUAUUUGCUAUUAUACUCGUCCUCUUUGCGUUUCUCAAUGUUUUCGCUGUGAAAUGGUAUGGAGAAUCUGAGUUCUGGCUCGCCUCUAGUAAAGUCCUACUCAGUGUGGGCUUAAUUAUAUUCACGUUCAUAACAAUGCUGGGAGGCAAUCCAAUCAACGAUCGAUUUGGCUUUAGGUACUGGAACGAGCCCGGAUCAUUCGCGGAGCACUACAAGGAAGGUGACCUUGGAAGGUGGCUGGGUUUCCUCGCUUGCUUGAUCAAUGCCAGCUUUACGAUUGCAGGACCGGAUUACAUUUCCAUGGCUGCUGGUGAAUCUGUCAAUCCCCGAGGAAACCUACCGAAGGCGUACAAUGGGAUGUUCUACCGUCUCACUGCAUUCUUCGUCCUUGGAGCGCUUUGCGUGGGGAUCCUUGUCCCCUACAACGACAAGGCCAUGUCCGAUGCAUUUGAUAAUGAUGCACCUGGAGCCGCAGCAUCACCGUAUGUGAUUGCAAUGGACCGUCUCGGUAUUCCCGUUCUGCCGCAUAUCGUCAACGCCAUGAUUCUUCUCGCGGUAUUUAGUGCAGGCAACAGCUACGUUUAUUGCGGCAGCAGAACCUUGUACGGGCUUGCCCUUGAUGGUAAAGCCCCGCGGCUGUUCGCCAAGUGCACGAAAUCCGGAGUCCCCAUAUACUGCGUGAUAGCUGUGCUUCUGAUUGGGCUCAUCUCUUUCCUCCAAGUUUCGAACAGCGCAUCAGUAGUACUGAACUGGAUUAUCAGCUUGGUCACCGCAUCGCAACUCAUCAAUUUCUCCGUCAUUACAUUUACAUAUACCCGUUUCCGCAAAGCCAUCAUCGCGCAGGGCAUUUCACGCGAGUCUCUUCCAUACAAAAGCUUAGGCCAGCCGUACGUUGCGUACGUUGCUCUGGUGUCGACAACGGUCAUGGCAUUUGUUGGUGGCUACGAGGUCUUCUUGCCAGGUAACUGGAAUGUGCCAACGUUUCUGUUCUCGUACACGAUGAUCGGCGUUUUUCCUGUGAUAUACAUCGGUUGGAAGCUCAUCCACCGGACCUCUCUUCGGAAGCCGGAAGAAGUCGAUCUCGUCACGGGCGUCGAUGAGAUUGAGGAGUAUACAAGAAACUAUGUACCAGAGCCAGCAAGCAACCCCCUUUCAAGAUUCGGUGACUGGCUGUUCAGUUAA